AUGGAUAUAACAAAUAAAAUAAUUGCGGGAAUUAGUGAUAAUGCAACGAAUAUGACAGCUGCACUACAACAAUUUAAUUAUCAACAUAUUAAUUGUUAUGCUCAUACGCUUCAACUUGCAAUAAAUGAAGGUCUUAAGGAAUGUCAUGAAAUUAUUAAUAAGGCUAAAAUAUUUAAUAAUACACUUGUUUGUCGGGAUAAAUAUCGGGAAACUCUUCGACAUGAGGUUUCUUAUGUACAAAACGAAAUGCAAAUAUAUGCUACGAUGUUACAAAUUCCAACACAUCCUCUCAACGAUCCAUUAUAUCUUACGGAAAAUCCACUUAUAUUGUGGAAAUUACAUCAUAAAGCAUUGCCUAUUCAUGCCAAGCAAGCCC